AUACAUCUGAUUUCAUAAUUUAUUCUGGAGAUCUUAAAGAUGCCACCGAAACGUAAAGCACUUGCCUCCGCGAGCGGGAACGCCCGAAAAUCUCCUAGAACCAAGACUGCCCCAGCGAGAUUUGGGCAGGAUGAUGGGAAGAGGGAGUUUAAGUAUUCAGAUCCAAAGAGUCUGGAGAACAAACCUACCUUCCAAAACCUGGAAUGGUACAACCUCCACAAGUUUAUCGAUGACCCGGACUGUCAAGACAUGCCAGCCGAUGGUGAGCUCAUGGAGCCGUACUACGACCGGGUUUCCGACCUUGGAAUUCCCGUCACGGAACUCGGUGGCGAUAAACUCGAUAAGUUUGUCGACGAAUGCGAGAAUCGAAAUCAGGAUAUUGAGGGGUUGUAUAUCUAUAACGAUUGGAGUGGGUGGGGUGUUAGUGAGGUGAUGGAGAACAUGCUGAAGGAGUUCGAUGCGGAGGUGAAGAAGAAGGAUGUUAGUCCGUAUGCGAAGUGGGGGUUUGUGGAGACGUUUGCGGGGUAUGUUAUGGAGGAUGGGUUUGACUUCUUAGACAACGAGAACAGUCCAAGCGUGAAGGAGAUCAUCGAUAUGCUGGGUCUCAUGACUUUGACAGUCUUCGAUGUCCUGUCUGAACACGAUCUACUUAAACCAGGCUCAGAAAUCAAGAAUCUUGAGAUUAUCUGCUUGAUCAUUCUCGAUUUCAUAGUGAAGGAUUGCGGAGAUUUUGAAAUUGAGUGGGGGUGUGAGGUUAUGAGGCGGUGUGAUGAGGCGGGUAUUGAACUUGAGAAGCAUGUGAGGAAACAGGUCAACAUCGGUGUGGAGGACUUGCAGAAGUUGAGAGAUGAGUAUAAGAUGAAAGAGAGAUUGGACAAGGAUUGGGAUGAUGAGUAUGAGACAUUCCGACCGAAUCAUCGGGGAGGGAAUAAGUACGAUUUGACUAAGAUGUCUAUGGUUCUUAAGAGGAAGUAUUCGAUUGGUCCAGAGGAGGAAGUGGAUGAGACGGAUUGAUAUAGUCAUGGCCUUCAUCGAUUUGAUCUGUUGAAGAGCUUGCCUCUAGAAAAUCUAGAUAUCGAAGAACGACCUUCUACCUACAAUUUAUCCACUCCAGCAGCGUCGU